AUGUCGUCUGCAACAGUGACCAUUAGCAUUAUGCCUGUGAGACACCAUGGUCCCUGUGGUGUUAACACCAACUGGAUAAGCAUAAUGAACAUGCCAAACCAAGGAGCACGCCAGGUGUUUCUUUAUGAUCAUGGGCGGCCACACUGGUCUCAGGGUGGCCCUCUGUUCUAUGAUCGUCGGGUUCCGCCACCUCCACCGCAGAUGGGUAACUUUCCAAAUCCUCAGAUUCAGGGGCCAUCACCGCAGUGGUUGAGAGGUCCAUUCAUUGGAGGACCCGGCCCAGGCCCAAAUCAGAACCAGCAGCAGUUUGACGGGUUUGGCAUUAUACCAUGGGGGAGUCAAAACAACUACAAUAACAGGCAUAACAACAACAGUCGGCACCAUCAGGGGAGACACGUCGGAGGAGCUCCUAGACACAACAGAAUGCUGGCAAUCAACGCUCGCAACAACCACAGACAGAACAACGACCAAGAGGUGAGGUACUUAUGCUUCAAGUGUGGUGAUUACCUUCAGAACUCCCCGGAAUCAGGAGUGCACCUCUGUGACGCCGGGGCACAGAAUAAUGAUUUCCGCCAGCAGCAUCACCUGCAGCAGCAGCAGCAGAAUAAUGGCAGUGGUGGUGAUGUGCCGCAACAUCAGAACGAAGACCUGCAGGCCAGGCUGAUUGCAUUUAUGGAAGAAGCUAAAGUGGCUGUGAGCUCAGAUGUCAAACUGUCUCAGGAGGACAUUCACAAGGUGUGUCUGGAGAGGGCCGAGAAAUUCCUCUCUCUCUACAGUCAGCUACAGAGUGAGCAGCUGUCUAUACAACAGCAGAAGCUGUCGCUGGAGGCUCAGAAGAAGGAAUUGGAGCAGCGAGAUGGGGAGUUGGCGGCAUUACAGAAACGCUUGGAGGAGGAUCGUAGUAAAUUGGUGCGGGAGUGUAAGAAAGAGAGGGAGGAGAUUGCUAGAAAAUGGCAGGAGCUAAAAGACGAGAUCACCAGGAUGGAGGAAAUGCAUACAAUACAAAAGGGCCGAAUACGUUUGGAUGUAGGUGGCAAUUUGUUCACCACUUCGCGCCUAACAUUGACACGGGACGCAGACUCCAUGCUGGCGGCCAUGUUCAGUGGACGACACCAUGUGAAUCAGGAGGAAGACGGUACAGUUUUCAUUGAUCGGGACGGCACACAUUUUAGAUACAUCUUAAAUUAUCUGCGGGAUGGUGGUGUGAACCAGGAUGGACUGCCACGUGAUCGCCAAGUGCUCAAGGAACUCCGCAACGAGGCUAUAUAUUUCCAGUUGAAUGGAUUGGUGCAGACCAUUGAGAAGUAUUUAUAA